CCGGAACGGUAACCGCGCGCGCCGGUAGCAAACACGGAAGAUUCGGCGAAGGUUGGAUUUAAGGGGUGGAUUUUUCCUUCACCCAAAAGGAACAAGUGAAGCUAAGGACCUCCAAAGUGACAGUUGCGUGUACGUGUUUUUGAAGAGAGAAAGAGUGAGUGGGAAAAAGCAGUGAAAAGUUCACUUAAAAGUGCUCUAAAUUCUAUAGGAAAAAGUGUAACAGGAACAAAAUUGGAAAACUAUUAACGUACCUGGUCCGGAGAAACUGGUGGAAAAGCUUGGUGAAAAAAACGAACGAAUCAGUUUAAACGGUCCCUUUUUUUUGGUCCUUGGUGAUUGGUGCCUACACUGGUACCUUCUGAGUGCAAAAGACGUCCAACGAAAGGGCGAAGGUGGAAAUUAAUUUUCACGUGUGAACACUAAUCGGAAUCGCACACACACCUGUUCCUUCGAUAUUAAACCACUCUCGGCACAACCCGAGGAAAACGAACGGCACCAUGCGAUCCUUGUGCUGGGUGUUUCUACUGGUGGCAGCGCCACUAGUACUGGCAGACGAGAAGCUAAAGAAACCCUCCCCGAUAGCAGCACCAUCGGUAGCCUCACCAUCAAAGAUCGCCGACAGCGUUGCUAGCCCGAGCGUGACCGAGUACAAAAAGACGCUUAUCCGCAAGCCGAAACGAUCGAACGGUGAGAUACCGCUGCUGAUCAUUCGUCCGGUGGAGAAGCGGCGCAAGAUCUACUUCAAGGAGCCGACGGUGAAGAUCGCUUCCGGUGGUGUGGCGACGUAUGGAACCUAUCCUGAGCUUCAUACGAGUGACGGCGAGAUGUUUACGCUCGAGCACAUGCUGCCCAUCCUGAGCCUGGAGGGAAUGCUGAAGGGUUUCGGCAAGCACGGUCCCAACCACUUCGUACCCUCGCCCCAGUUCAAGCCGUCCGACAUCCAUCACCUGGUAGCGCCGCAGAAGACGAAGGAAGAGUACCACCAUCAGCUGGCCCCGCUGAAACCGAGCCAGCUCCUGUCGAUCUCGCACAAACCGGCAGAGGCCGUGCCGGCCCAGACACUGCCAUCGCCACCACCACCGAACUACGUACCGGCCGUAAAUUCUGAAGAUCAACUACUGAAACUUGGUCAACCACAGCCUUCCUUUUCGCCCCUGGUACAGGAAAAGCCGGCGUUCGUCAAGCCCGAGCAGCUGCCCCCGAGCUUCAACUUCAAGGUCCAGGAGGAGGUGAACGGCCACUACAAGGUGAACGCGAUCCCGCUGUCGAAGCCAUCCGAGGUACAUCAUCCGCCGCCCCAUCAUCACUACCCAUCGUCGCCCUCGUCGUCCUCGUCCGGUGGUGCCACCAGUUACGUCGGCAGCCAGGGAAAGCCUCAAACGCAGCCUCUCUACAUCCACGCAGCUCCAGUUCCGUCAGGUGAUCACUCGUCCAACAAGUGGCAGGAGAUCCCCAAGAAGCCUCAGGUAUCCGUGUCGACAAACUUCUACCAUCCGAAAACGAUCGUGGCCGAGCAGGAACAGUCACAGCACACAAAGUCCUACGCCCAGGCACAGCAAGCCGUCGCUCCACAGCAACCGACCGUCCAGACGCAUCUGAGCUAUUACUUCCCGAAGGAAGAGUCUGCACCGCAGCCCCAGGUGCACAACCAUCAGCACAACCAUCAGUCGCAUGCCACAUCGUACAGCAAUGUUCAGGCUAGUGGAAGUGGGCCGACCGGUGAGCAUCUGGCGGACACUCCGUCCGAGAAACCCAUCCACAAGACGUACAGUUCGCACAUUAAGCAGAAGUACCAGAAGCAACAUCAUCAGCAGCCACACAUGUUUAUCCAGAAGUACUUUGAGUUCCCGUCCAAGAACGGUGCCCACCAGAAGAAUGUUGUGAACGAGUUCCACGGCUCGCACGGUAACGAAACCUCGGAUCAUCAGCAUCUUCCGGAACCUCAAGCAUACGCCGCUCCCCAGUAUCUGCCACUACCUCAGCCGCAAGCUUUGCAUCAACCCCAGCAUGGUCCAGCUAUGACCGGACCUGGCGCGCAAACGUUACACCUGCAGCUGCACCACCCAGUCCACCAUCCCGUGCAUCAUCCGGUACAUCAUGGAGGGCCCGCCCAAAGCUACUGGAAGUUUGGACGUCGCACUCAGGACACUGCCGUCAAGCCGGUAGUGGAGCACACUAACGAACCGGACCAUCACGAUAGCCAACAUGCCGCUUCCGGUGCAGUGUUGCGACAGGUAAAGCACACCACAGUGUCGAUCACGAGCUCAAGUACUGAGGCACCGUCAACUGUCGGCAGUAAGGACGCGAAGGAUGGACAGACGGCCCAGGAUCGUAUCGAUCAGGGAUCUCAACCGGUCAAUGGAACGGCCAGUACAAGCGCACCGACCCGGACACCAAAACAAAUCCAGCACGGGUGUGAACGACGCUGCAUCCGCAACACUGUCGCACAAUCUUAUGAGCCCGUGUGUGGCACUGACGGUGUGACCUACUCGAACCGGGGAAAACUACGCUGUGCCCGAACCUGCGGUAAUGAUGAUCUCGAGAUACGAUCGUACGGCGAAUGUUCCACGAACGCACGGAACCCAUAAUGUACCACGGGACGCGGAUCGACCGAUGGACGUUCGAUCAUUUCCGCUUUCACUCAUCCCAAUCUCUACCAACCGUUUACCUGAUCCGGAGCAAAUGAUGCUGCCAAACUAUCGCAAUCCGAAUUUCGCUGUUUUAGCGCGUGUUUUACAAUGCUGCGUGAAGGUGAAAACUGGAAAGCACAAUAUCGGUUACUAUGGUUACCAUCGAAGAAAAGCGGAGCGCAGAAGGUUUUCUUUCUCUUAACCUGUAAAACAAGCAUGGGGAAAUGUUACGAUCUAGCUGAAACACGAUCGGCAUCAGCAGUCGCGAUCCAAUUGUGUGGUCGUAAAACAGAAGGAAAACGUUUAGUGAUGUAUUUAUUUAUUGGCUCGUUUGGGUCGUCGGUUUUUUGUUAACUUUAGCUGAUGUUUUUUUCUCCUUUUCCUUUUUUUCCUCCAUUUUGGUUUGCAUUUUGGUUUUUUCAAAUCAAUUCAUUUACGUCGAAUCGACUCAUCCAACACCCAACACAACACACUCCUGUAGAUUUGUAAGAUUAUUUUAAUUACCUUGCGUGAGGCUCGGCAAACUGUUUCGCGUUUGAUGGUAGGAGAAGCUCGAGAGAAGCCAGCAGAAGACAUGAAUAAAAUGGUGAUGAUUAUAAACACAAAUCCAUUUUGUUGGAAAGAAAUUGUAAAUCGGUAUUACAACCUCGAGGAUUCAGGGCCUAUUAUUUCUUGUUUCUUUAUCUUAAUUAAACUGAAGCUGCAAGGUGAGUCCUUUGUCGUAAGAAAACAAUCCGAAGGAGAUUUGAUACCGGUUUCAUAGAGCAAAGUGCUGGCGAGUCUACUGUCUAUACCAUCUAGCUGCCUAACAUCAUCAAUUUUUUUCAGUUCAUUUAAGUCCUUUUAGACCGUCGACAAGAGCAGAGGAGAUGUGAUUGGACCAAAUCGGAAUGGAAAGAUAGCUUCGAUGUGUUCCCCAGAACGGCCAGAAUAAUAGAUUGACAAACGAACGUACUAAACCGUGAGCGGUAUCACGACUUCGAAGCGAUUGUAGCGCCUUUUAAGAGAGUACACAAAAAUAAGUAAGGAAACAGAUACAUUAAUUUGCCAGUUUUUUUAGUUUUUUUCUCAUUUUUUCGUUUUAACCACGUGCGUUUGAGCUGUGCAACCGACCAGUUGAAAUUUAAAGCGAAAAUUUCAAAUUUUUAGAACACACAUUCAAAUUUUAGUACUGAUCAUAACUUUGUCCUUUCAUUCGUCGUUAAGCCCACUGUGCGCAAAGCUGUCAUUCUGCCGACACGAUUUGCCAUAAAUCUGCCGUCGUUAUUUGCUAUAAUUGUAUCAUUUUUCAAGAAAAACACACAAUUUCUCGUAAAAUCGUGUCGAAUUUCAGUUCCUGAAUGGAAUCGAAUGCGGCCCUCGGGAAGCUGAUUCUGGCGGCUACAUUUAGCGCGUUCUUCUACUACGUAUUCUGGGUUGCCGUUCUGCCGUUCAUGGUGAUCGAUGCGAGAGAUGAAAGUUGGAUCUACUCGCUGUUUCCACCGAUGAAGUUUGCAUUCCUCGUACCGGCAGUGUUCGGUGUGGUGCUAGUCGGUGGACUGUCGGCCUUUUCUCUGUACCAUUUGCGGGACCAGCUCGGCAUUCGAUUCGCCCGUCAACUGUAGUGCACUUUAAAG